AUGAGUAGUGUGCCGAGAGUGUACUUUGCAGGGUCACCGUUGGCCACACUCGUUGGGUAUGGGAUUGCGAGAUUACCGGGGCAAGGUAAAAUACCAAAUGUUGUGAUGUUGAUGGUUGAUCAAUUAAAGUUGAAACGGUUCAUGAAUCAUGAGUCUCAGAUAUCUUUAUAUCGUUCAAGUUUAAUGCUUGAUAGAUUGCAACUGAUGGCGGGCUAUUCAGUGCCACGAUACGCUAAUGGAGAUAUAGCACCUUUCGAGAAUUUAGUGAUAGGUGGUGGGGAUUGGAGGUAUACCAACUCCAUUAUGAGAAAAUAUGAAAGUGCUAUAGUACCGUCUACUGAAUUGUUGCUACUGAAUCCCUCGUUAUUUACCCUUGGUUUAGUAUUGGAGAAGAAACGCAAUAAAGAAUUCAAGAUUUGGAGAGAGAGACCGAAGGUUACUAUUGGAGUUGCAAACAAAGCUGGUGUUGAAAUUGGAAAUGAAGAAUUCGAUGUAAGAGUAAAUAAUAAUGAUAUUAAGAUAAAAUAUUCACAUCUUCCAGAAACACUAUGGGCCAAUGAGAAUGAUUCGAUUGAGAAUAGUCAAAAUUCAAUUAACUCACUGAUGAAUCAGAUUAAUCUGCAUUAUCCAACUGCAACAGUAGGUAUCCAAACCGAGCAGGUUUCUUUUCAGGAAAUGUUUACUAAUUAUUGCGAGCGCGAGCUCGUAGAUAAUACAAUAGAAGCACUUUGUUUGCUGUUUGAUUGUUCUUUUAUAAAAGAGUUGAAAGAUAUUAAGGAGGCUAUUCAUCUGACAAACCUACUAGUUUGGGAAAAGCUGAAAAUUCUUAAGUCUCAAUUUGGCUUCAUUGAGGCGUUUGAAAAUUCAACUAUUAUAUUCGAUGAUCAACGUAUACUAGGCCUAAUAAAAGACAAGAUUAAUAAAUCACAUGAACCCAGUGAGUUUUAUGAAAAUUAUCAAAGGUUUGCAAAUAAAGACAUUUUGGAAAAUGUAAUAUACAUGAGCUAUUUGAGUCAUAAACUGGAAUUAAAAUUUAGUCAUGUUGAUUUAAUAAGUAGACUAAUAAAGGGAAAGGUUUUGGCACACAAGAAUAGGCACCUAUCAACAAAACUCAGAUCAUAG